CAAACAGCACGUGGUCGGAGUUAACUCUUAUUUGUGCAGUGCGAGCAUGUGAAUGCGCUUGGGGGGGAGUGACUGGGAAGCAGCACUUGCCUUGGCUUUGCAUCCUGUUGUCAAAGUGCACGGGUAUCCUAUUGUGUGUUCGUGUUGUUUGUCUGCGAGGUGUGUUUGGUGUCAGAACGACUUCAAGUAUGAAGAGAGGCAAACAAGCCGAGGAGGCAACGGCAGAGGGAGAGAAUGACACAGGUUCUGGAGGUUCUGCUAAGAAAGCAAAGAAGGCCAAGGAACCAGAGGCCCCGGUAUUGUACGACGAUCCUCCCGACAAAAUGACCAGCAAAGAUGGACGCAGCGCCAACAUGAAGAUCACCUCAUGGAAUGUGGAUGGGCUGAGGGCAUGGGUGAAAAAGAAGGGUCUGGAUUGGGUGCGUGAGGAGGAUCCAGAUGUUUUGUGCCUUCAGGAGACCAAGUGUGCACAGAAAGCGCUCCCUGCUGAGAUCACCUCAAUGCCAGAGUACCCCCAUAAGUAUUGGGCUGCUUCUGAUGACAAAGAGGGUUACAGUGGUGUAGCGAUGCUGUGCAAGACUGAACCCCUUAAAGUGACCUAUGGCAUUGGAAAAGAGGAACACGACAAGGAAGGCCGGGUCAUCACUGCAGAGUUCCCCAACUUCUACCUUGUGACCGCCUACGUACCAAAUGCCAGCAGAGGUCUUGUUCGCUUAGAUUACCGCAAAACCUGGGACGUGGACUUCCGAGCAUACCUGAGCGAGCUUGACAUACAGAAGCCUCUAGUGCUGUGUGGUGACCUCAACGUUGCUCACCAGGAGAUCGACCUGAAGAACCCUAAGGGCAACAAGAAAAACGCUGGCUUCACCCCAGAGGAGCGUGAAGGCUUCAGCCAGCUGCUGGCGGCCGGUUUCGUCGACAGCUUCCGCGAGCUCUACCCCGAGCAAACAAAUGCCUACACCUUCUGGACCUACAUGAUGAACGCCCGCUCAAAGAAUGUGGGCUGGAGGCUUGACUAUUUCUUGCUGUCUUCCUCCUUGGUGCCAGGUCUGUGCGACAGCAAGAUUCGUAACAAGGCGAUGGGGAGCGACCACUGCCCCAUCACUCUGCAUAUAGCCGUGUAGGUCAUCAGCACAAUUGAUGCUUUUUAUCACCUUAACUCGGUCCUCUUGGUGCUUUUGUUCAAACUAUCACGUCGGUCAGCCAUAGAGAGGACGUCUCUGGAGUCCUGCACCAAAGUCGUCUUUUAGUGAACUCGCCUGUAUCUUAGUUUAGUACGUCUACAUUUAUGUUUCAGAUUAAAUGUCCCACCUUGUAAGUGAAGCUUCGGUAAAACCCUGUAAACAUGUAACACUAAAUAAAGCCUGUAAGCUGAUUGUUUUUGGUUAUGAUUGAAAUGAAUCAACAGCAGUUGAAGAAAAUGUUUAAAGCUUCUUUUCAUACACAAAGUUAAAUAAUCUGCUCGUGUUUGCAAAUAAAGAGGGAAUUUGCAUACAA